UGUUGAUGAAUUUGUUUUCUAAAAACAGUUGUUGUGUCCUGACCGCUACCGAUACAAUGACAGCCGAGUUGAUGCUUGUGUGCGUUUUUUAAGUGAAGGAUAAGUUUGUUUGUACCUGACUAAAUAGGAAGAUUUGCAACCAUGCCAAUUACACGAGUCCCGAUCAUACAUAAGUUUGGGAUUAUUUCCCAAUCGCAGCGAGAGGAGCUACAGGACAGAUUGCUUCAGCAAACCUACCUUCAGAGUGUCAAGACACAACGCCUCCCUCAAACUGCCAGGAACCCAUUGGAUCUCUCAGAAAGCUUUAUUCAACAGUUCAAUGGCGCUACGAGUCUGGAUGAGAAAGAAAGAUUGGAAGGCUUGGCCUACAAAAUGCUCAACAGAACCAAGAGAAGAGCAGGUAUCACUGAGGGAGGUCGAGGUAAGAAUGUCGAUAUCCCAAAAGCCUGGACAGAACUCUCAAUGCUUGCACAAUGCAGAGGAAAAAUACAAGAAGAGUGUCUGGACAUGCUGAUCGUAUCCCUCAGCCAGGCUCCAUUAGCAACCCCCCAUAUUGCAAGUCUGUUCUACCUAGCUGAGACCACAUUGUAUUGGUUACGCACUGAUGCCAUGGAUCAACCAUUCCUGAGAAUAGGGGAGAUCAAACUCCUGAAGAUGGGACAAGGAGUGUUCUUGAGAUUGUACUAUCAUCACAUGGCCGGUCACCUCAAGGGUUACACAGACUAUAAGAAUAGACUCAUCACAUAUUUAGCAGCAAUAGUUGAAGGUGUAAGGGAGUGUGAGGAAGCCUACAGCCCCUACCCAGGGGCACAUCUCUGUCUGCGUUUCAUCUCUGAAGUGGGCAGAUUGGUUGUGGAGGAUAUACUGACCGAUGACCCUGGCAUGCCCAAUGCCACACCCCUGGCCACACCCCAUGCCACACCCCAGGCCACACCCCAAGCCCCACCCAAGGCAACACUCCAGAAAACUCAGGUUGAGAUGAUGUCUCAAAAAGAGCCUGAUGCACCGUCUGAAUUUGAUGUCGCAAGCGGCCGUCACCCAGAUCAGAUUUUGGAGGAGGAUGAAGAACUCCCCUCCCCUAGCCCCUCCCCUAGCCCCUCCCCUAGCCCCUCCCCUAAGCUACCAUUGAUGAGCCCAGUAGAUACUCCCAUUCACAUGGAUGGCAGCGCUGUGAAGCAACGAACCCAUACAGGCUUCCAGAGUAGUAUACACGACCUGAGUCCAACACUUUGGCACAGCCUGGAUGUAUGGCGUUGCGUUGUUCAUCUGAGUGGUGGAUUUAAGGAAGCUGUAAGAGCACUGUCAAUGUGUGGUAGUACGCUAUCUACUGAACACUGGGUGGAUGCCUUGUGUGCAUUACGUAUCAUCGCUGAAACGGCAAAGAAUGACAUCACCGUCCUCAAAACCCUGCAGAAUUUAGCAAGAGGUGUACUCCCAAGUACCACCCCGAUGCCGAGAACACAAACCUCCCCCGAAGCAGACGUAGAGGAGAGUAACAAGACUGACGAGGUAGAGGGCAAGUCAGAGGAGAAUGAGCUAGAGUCCAUUGUGAGUGGAUUGAGUCAAGGUACACUCAGUGAUUUCCACUCGGCUGAUUUCAAGCUGACUGAUGACUCCAUACAUCAAUCAGGAAAGAAAGGCACUCGACUCGGACUCCAGUCUGAUUUCACAGACGGCAAGCAUUUGAGUGACCUCAGUGGAGGCUCGUUUUUAAAGUCAACGAGGAACACAUCAACAUGCGUCCUCAUCGAUACCCCACAAGAGAAACAUGCUGAGCUACUGACCAGCCCAAGCAGUUUCGGCCAGAAGGCAUCACAUGGGAGCACCCCGUCCACACUGCCCAAUUUUAGCAGUGCUCGAGAGAGUUUGAACUCAGCGGGUGACAUCCCACUUCCUUCUGGGUUAGAUUUACCCUCGGGUUCGAUCGGAGAUAGUGACCUUGAACCUGGAGAUGAGAGUGAGGUGGACGCCAAUGAGGAUGACGUGACAAAGGUAGCGUUAUCGUUACCUCAAGAAUCGGUUCAGAUGUUCCCUGAUGGCAUCAAGCUAAAACGAGAAGUCAGUUUUGACAUUGAGCCGGCAGACCAAGAUGAAGAAGAGGAAGAGCUCCCAAAGAAGUCAAACUUAAGGGGAGGGUCCGGACGGAGUGAGGGAACAAGAAAGAGUAAUAGCGCCAAGUCUGUUACUAUUGAUCCUGUGCCUAACAUGGCGUACUACUCCAAAACUACUGGCAGUGUUGAUUACAACAAAGCAGCCAAGACUAAAGGAGCAUCAGAUCUAGCAGCCCAGCAUUUGUUAGAGGCCCAGGGACUCAGUGGUUGGCCAUGGGAGGUAAGCUUCACAUACACUGAGCUCAUGUCUCAUCUCUGUCUCCAUGGCAACACAUCAGAGAUUCAACGAACCGCCCUCGUUGGCUGCAAGAAGAAAGGCUACGGGCCUUACAUGUCCACGGGUACCAGGGCUAGAGGGAAUGAUGAAGAGUGGUACAAUCUGGUGAGCGCAGGGCUGUUGGACUUGGCAGAGUACCAUGGAAAAGUCGACAGUGAUGAAGUUAAAGACUCAUCACACUGGGGUUGGCGAGUCCGCUAUGGCGCCAUUUUGGGUCUGAUUAAGGUCACACGCUGCACCAGUACAGAGAAACUCCAAGAGGGUAUGAGGACAGUUGCCUGGAAUGCUGUCAUGAGGUGCCACUCCAAGGAGAAAGACCAGAGGGUUCUCGAGGCAUUCAGAGUUGGACAGGUUGAGGCUCAUAUAGAAACCCAGAUGCAGAAAGCUUUGAUUUCUCGCUCCAUCAGUUCAAGACUUGCAGCAGGUCUAGCAGCUGCAUACCUGCCACCUCUUGCACCUCCCGUUGAAGUGACUAAGAGACCCCCUCGUCAUAAAGUGGAACUGCCCAAGCCCAAACAGCCACUGAGGACCGGGCCAAACAGGCUCUCUCUAAAGAAUGAGAUUUUGUUGGCCACAGCUCUUGAUGAACCAACAAUUAAUUUCAACACAAGGACGAGCUUGGACCUCAAGAGAAUUGUUGAGGAUCAGUGGCGGAAGGAGCUCCAAGAAAAGCUGGAGGCAGAAGAGAAGGACAAGGAGAAAGAAUUAGAAGAUGAGCAAAAGAUGGAAGAGGCUCAGCAGAAGGAACGCUCGGUAGAGAAAGCUCGGAAAUUUGCAAAGUCGGCCAAAGGUAGCAAAUCACCCACUUGGUCACCCAUGGGGAAGAAAUCACCCACUUUGUCACCCAUGGGUACCAAAUCACCAACUAGGUAACUGGGCGACCAAAUCACCCAUGAUGUGAUUAUGAGUUCCACGGAAUAUUGCAAAGCCACCCAAGGGUACCAAAUCACCAGCUUUGUCACCCAUGGGUACCAAAUCACCAACUAGGUAACUGGGAGACCAAAUCACCCAUGAUGUGAUUAUGGGUUCUAUGGUACUCACAAAACACUAACAAGUUGGUCUAUGGGGUUCACAUAAGGUAACCAUUGGGUGCUCAAAGGAACACGUUGCCUUAGAUCGGGCGAGUUGGUCUAUAAAAAGCG